CUCUACCCUUCUAGCUUCCUCAUCUGCCAAACCCCAAAAUUUUGCUCUGUUCCGGCAGCCAUGGCAGCUAAACUCGCCAUUUCGUGCUUUCUUUUGUUCUCCAUGGCCAUGAGCUCAGCCAUGGCGGCGGAGUACUCAUUCACCAGCAACCUGAACCCCAAAAUGUUGCGGCUGAAGAAAGAGAAGCUGACCCAUUUUCAUUUGUAUUGGCACGAUGUCGUGGGCGGGAAUAAGCCCACCAGCAUCGCGGUGUUGCCAGGGCUCAGCAACACCACGUUGUUUGGGCUUGUGAAUAUGUUCGACAACCCAUUGACGGUCGGCCCACACCCCAAAUCCCAGCUGGUGGGGAGGUCACAGGGCCUCUACGCCUCUGCCGCACAGACCGAGAUUGGGCUUUUGAUGGCCAUGAACUUCGUCUUCACUUCCGGCAAGUACAACGGCAGCUCCAUCGCUAUCCUUGGCCAUAACCCCAUUCUCAACACUGUCCGAGAGAUGCCGGUGGUCGGUGGAAGCGGGCGGUUCCGAUUUGCGAGAGGGUAUGCUCAGGCGAGGACUCAGUUUUUCAACGCUACCUCGUUGGAUGCCGUCGUUGAAUAUAAUAUUUAUGUGUUGCAUUAUUGAUGGGAUUUUUAUUUAUUUCCGAUGUGGGUUUGUUUGAUUUCGAGGCUGAAUUUUGUUCUUAUUUUUUUAACUCAAUAAACACGUUCUUCACCAAAA